AUGUGUAAUGGAGAUUUUCUCCACAAAGAUCCUGAUGAAGCCAUAGACUUUCUAGAUGAUUUAUCGGAAAAAGCCCACAUUUGGAUGGGACCCAAUGCUUUAGAAAGUACUAAGAGAAACCAAACCGCUGGAAUUUAUCAACUUAGGGAGGAGGAUGCUCUUAAAGCCCGUUUGGAGGUCUUGACCAAGGAAAUAGAGGUUUUGAAAACCAAGGAUGUUAGAGCCCCCGAGCCGGUUGUUAAGGCACAUGCCCAAAAUGUGGAACAGCAAGGCAAGAUAAACCAACGGUUGCUAGAGGAGCAACAAGGGGUCAAAGAGGAACAAAAGGUGAUAAAGAGUCAACUCACCAAGUUGACAAAUUUAUUGACGGUUCAAGAACAAGGUAGUUUUCCAUCACAGCCACAACCUAAUCCAAGGGGACAACAUAUGGCACAAACCUCCAAUGUCGACAAUCAAAAUGUUAAAGAGGUUAAUGCCAUGAUUACUCGCAGCGGUAAGGAAAUUCAUGGACCCACUCCACUAUCAAACUUGAUUCUUAACACCAUGAGUAACAAGGCUGAAGCUCCCAAGGAUCAAGAUGCCCCUAGUGAUUCCUUACCGGUGCCUUUCCCUCAAGCACUCCUUAAACCUAAGAAGAGAAAUUCGACAUUAAAAGUUGAGAUACUUGACCAACUUAAGUAAGUUAAAAUUAACCUUCCUUUUCUUCAUGUCAUAAAACAGGUUCCGAGUUAUGCUAAAGUUAUCAAAGAUCUAUGCACACAAAAGAGGAGGCAUAGUGUGAAGAAGACAUCGUUCUUAACGGAACAAGCAAGUGCGGUACUUGAUAGCAAGACACUGCCCAAGUAUAAAGAUCCAGGCUGCCCUACAGUAGCUUGCCAAAUUGGAAACAAAGCGUGCGGUCAAGCAUUACUAGAUUUGGGGGCAAGUGUGAAUCUCAUGCCUUACUCCGUUUACUUGCAACUUGGCCUAGGUGAGAUCAAACCGACUUCCGUGACACUUCAACUAGCGGAUCGAUCGGUAAGAAAACCAAGAGGUAUAGUGGAAGAUGUUUUAGUGCAAAUUGAUAAAUUCUAUUAUCCCGUUGACUUUUUGGUGCUAGAUACUAUUUACAUUGUGAAUACGGAGUCAAAAACUCCAUUGAUACUUGGAAGACCAUUCCUUGCCACUGCCAAUGCCCUCAUAAAUUGUAGGAAUGGUCUAAUGACACUAUCAUUUGGAAAUAUGACUUUAGAGGUGAAUGUUUUUCGCGUCUCAAGGCAGUCGCAUGAAGAGGAUGAGUGUUUUGACACUUACAUGAUCGAAGAGCUUAUUUUGGAGGAUGAAUAUAUUAAAGAUAAUUCAAAUCCUUUGGAAUUCCUUCUUAAAGAUUUUGAUUUUGAUGAUUCUUAUUCCCAUGCCGUUAAUAUUGUUGAUGUUUUUGAUAAGUCGCAGGGAUUUAUUAAGAAAUCAUGGCAGCUAUGCUUUGAGGAGUUGCCUAAGGAAAGGGAGCAACCUAAACCAUCCUCCGAAGAGACACCAACGCUAAAUCUAGCUCCGCUGCCCAAAGGACUCAAACGUGCCUUUUUAGGCCCAGGUGAUACCUUUCCGGUUAUUGUUUCUUCCGAACUUAGUGAUGAGCAAUGUGAUAAAUUAUUGAAUUUGUUAAGAAAGCAUAAAUCUACAAUAGGUUGGACUAUAGCUGACAUAAAAGGUAUUAAACCUUUAAUUUGUUCCCAAAUGAUCUAUCUAGAAGAAGGAGCUAACCCUCGUAGAGACCCACAAAGAAGACUAAAUCCAACUAUGAAAGAGGUAGUUAAGAAAGAAGUCAUUAAACUAUUAGAUGCGGGAAUCAUUUACUCGAUAUCCAAUAGUAAGUGGAUUAGUCCAACUCAAUUAGUCCCUAAGAAAGCCGGGGUGACUGUGGUAGAAAAUGAAGCGGGGGUAUUAGUACCAACUAAGGUAGUGACCGGGUGGCAAGUGGAUAAAUAAAAAAUUGAAACAAUCUCUAAAUUACCUACUCCUAAGAACAUUAAAGAUUUUAGAUCUUUUCUAGGACAUGCUGGGUUUUAUAGGAGGUUUAUUCAAAAUUUUAGUUCUAUCUCUAGACCUUUAUGUAACCUUUUGUUGAAGGACACCGAGUUUAAGUGGAGCCUCGAAUGUGAGAAAGCCUUUAGGACACUUGUUUCUAAGCUUACAACCGCCCCCAUUAUGCAAUCACCUGAUUUUUCCUUGCUUUUUGAGAUUAUGUAUGAUGCUAGUGAUUAUGCUAUAGGGGCUGUUUUAGGACAAAGAAGGGAAGGAAAACCAUUUGUAAUUUACUAUGCUAGUAGAACCUUGAAUCAUUCUCAAAUGAUGUAUACCACAACCGAGAAAGAGUUACUAGCCAUAAUAUUUGCUUUGGGCAAAUUCCGCUCUUAUUUAAUUGGUUCACCUAUCCUUAUAUUCACAGAUCAUUCCGCCCUUAAAUUUCUUUUCUCAAAAACGGAUGCCAAGGCUCGUUUGAUACGUUGGAUUUUUCUUUUGCAGGAAUUCGACUUGACCAUCAAGGACAAGAAGGGGGUAGAAAAUGUUGUGGCGGACCAUUUAUCUUGUUUGGAAUUCAAGAAUGAUACUGAUACUUUGCCCAUUCGAGAAGCCUUUCCGGAUGAGAAUUUAUUUGCCGUCCUUUCUCACACACCGUGGUAUGCCGACAUUGCAAAUUACUUGGUUUCCGGUCAAGUUCCAUCUACAUGGAGUGCACAAGAUAAGCAUAAGUUUUUGGCUGAGGUAAAAAUGUUUUAUUGGAAUGAUCCUUAUCUUUUAAAAUAUUGCCCUGAUCAAAUAAUAAGAAGAUGCAUUCCGGAUAUAGAAAUUGAUAAUGUGUUAAAUUUUUGUCAUACUUAUUCUUGAAGUGGUCAUUUUUCUAUUAAAAAGACAGCAGCAAAAAUUUUGCAAUGUGGUUUUUAUUGGCCUACUUUGUUCAAGGAUACUAAUGAGUUUUGUCGUUCAUGUGAAAGAUGUCAAAAGCCGGGUUCAUUAACUAGCCGUCAUAUGAUGCCUCUCAAUCCGAUCUUAGUGGUGGAAAUCUUUGAUUGUUGGGGGAUCGAUUUUAUGGGACCAUUCCCACCUUCUUUUGGAUAUCUUUACAUUUUGCUUGCUGUUGAUUAUGUUUCUAAAUGGGUUGAAGCCAUACCUUGCCGUACUAAUGAUAAUAAAGUUGUUAAAUUUCUCAAAGAUCAUAUUUUAUCUAGGUACGGUACUCCACGUGUUAUAAUCAGUGAUCAAGGGUCACAUUUUUGUAACUGUUCUUUUGAGGCUUUGAUGCGCAGGUGUGGAGUCACCCAUAAGGUUUCUAUAGUUUACCACCCACAAACUAAUGGCCAAGUGGAUCUUGCGAAUAGGGAGAUUAAGCGAAUACUUGAAAAAAUAGUAAGUCCAAAUCGAAAAGAUUGGUUGUUGCGCCUAUCGGAUGCACUUUGGGCGUACCGGACAGCAUACAAGACGGUUCUUGGAGCAUCUCCUUAUCGUUUGGUAUUCGGCAGCAUUCACUUACCGGUAGAACUAGAGCAUAAAGCAUUGUGGGCUAUCCGAAAUUUUAAUUAUGACUUGACAACCUCCGGUGAAGAAAGGAAAUUGCAAUUUUGUGAGCUUGCGGAGUUGAGAGAUGAUGCAUAUGAUAAUGCUAAGGACUUAAAGUCAAGAAUGAAGGCGGUGCAUCAUAAGAAAAUACUCCGGAAGAAUUUUGAACAAGGAAAUCGAGUGUUUCUUUAUGAUUCUCGGUUACACUUCCAUCCGGGAAAACUACGAUCACGAUGGACGGGACCUUAUAUGGUGAAGAGUGUUUUUCCGAAUGGAGUAGUAGAAGUUGAAGAUCCUUCCGACGGUCGUAUAUUUCGAGUUAAUGGCCAAAGGUUAAAUCUCUACUUGGAACAUGAACGUGUUGAAGAUAGGCUCGAAGAAAUCUCUUUGGAGCCCUCGGUUUACCCCUCUUAA